GGCUCGGGGCAGGGUGGGGGAGAUGGCGAGCGUGGGGUUGCAGUUCCAGGCGAGCGCCGGGGACGCGGACCCCCAGAGCCGGCCCCUGCUGUUGCUGGGCCAGCUGCAACACCUGCACCGCGUGCCCUGGAGCCACGUCCGCGGGAAGCUGCAGCCCCGGGUCACCGAGGAGCUCUGGCAGGCGGCUCUGGCCACGCUCAACCCCAACCCCACGGACAGCUGCCCCCUCCACCUGAACUGUGCCACGGUGGCAGCCCUGCCUUCCAGGGUGAGCCGGCACAACAGCCCUUCGGCUGCCCACUUCAUCACCAGGCUUGUGCGAACCUGCCUGCCUCCUGGAACCCACCGGUGCAUCCUGAUGGUGUGUGAACAGCCUGAGGUUUUUGCCUCCGCCUGUGCCCUGGCCCGGGCCUUCCCACUCUUCACACACCGCUCAGGGGCGUCCCGGCGCACAGAGAAGAAGACCGUCAUGGUGGAGUUCUUCCUGGUGGGACAAGACAAUGGCCCGGUGGAAGUGUCCACCUUGCAAUGUCUGACCAGCGCCACGGAAGGUGUGCGCCUAGCUGCACGCAUUGUGGAUACACCAUGCAAUGAGAUGAACACAGACAUCUUCCUUGAGGAGAUUAGCCAAGUUGGAAAGGAGCUGGGGAUCAUCCCCACCAUCAUCCGGGAUGAGCAGCUGAAGACCAAAGGAUUUGGAGGAAUCUACGGGGUUGGCAAAGCUGCCCUCCAUCCGCCUGCUCUGGCCGUCCUCAGCCACACCCCUGAUGGGGCCACACAGACCAUCGCCUGGGUGGGCAAGGGCAUCGUCUAUGACACUGGUGGCCUCAGCAUCAAAGGGAAGACCACUAUGCCAGGGAUGAAGCGAGACUGCGGGGGUGCCGCAGCCAUCUUGGGAGCCUUCAGAGCCGCCAUUAAGCAGGGCUUCAAAGAUAACCUCCAUGCUGUGUUCUGCUUGGCCGAGAAUGCAGUGGGCCCCAAUGCCACCAGGCCUGAUGACAUCCACCUUCUGUACUCAGGAAAGACUGUAGAGAUAAACAACACAGAUGCCGAGGGCAGGCUGGUGCUGGCCGAUGGGGUGUCCUAUGCAUGCAAAGACCUGGGAGCGGACAUCAUCGUGGACGUGGCCACACUGACUGGAGCACAGGGCAUCGCCACGGGGAAGUACCACGCGGCUGUGCUCACCAACAGUGCCGAGUGGGAGGCGGCCUGCGUGAAGGCUGGCCGGAAGUGCGGGGACCUGGUCCACCCGCUGGUCUACUGCCCUGAGCUACACUUCAGCGAGUUCACCUCGGCUGUGGCGGACAUGAAGAACUCAGUGGCGGACCGAGACAACAGCCCCAGCUCCUGUGCUGGCCUCUUCAUUGCUUCACACAUCGGGUUUGACUGGCCCGGUGUCUGGGUUCAUCUGGACAUCGCGGCCCCUGUGCACACUGGCGAGCGAGCCACGGGCUUUGGUGUGGCUCUCCUGCUGGCACUGUUUGGCCGUGCCUCUGAGGACCCGCUGCUGAACCUGGUGUCGCCACUGGACAGUGAGGUGGAUACCCAGGAGGGUGAUGAUGUGGGGCGUGACUCCAAGAGACGCAGGCUCGUGUGAGCAAGUGCUACUUCCCACCCGGUGACACACGUUCCUUACCUCACUUUGCACUGACUGGUUUAAGCAAUUGAAAGAUAAGAUCUUGGGAUGCGUUUGGCUUUUCCUUCUGUAACCUGUGGUGAUGGGAGUGGCCAUUCUUCUCUUAGAAGACAGCUUAGGGUUUGGUGGGGUCUGGGGAAAAUUGUCACAGACCUCCCAGGUCAGCUUCUGCAAACUCACUGUCCCUUGUCCCCCACCUGGUCUUUAGAGCCACCUCAGGUCAGCUCUGUGGUGAGCUCACUUCCUGAUCCCCACCCUGUGAAGCAGGAAGAGCUUGACGCCCCUCCAGUUCACUUGAAGUUGAAUUAAAUAUGACCACAACAUA